GUAAUCCGCCCCUUUUGGGCGUCACCUUCAACGUCGUCCAUUCGCAUUCACCUUUGCAACUCUUCAUCGCUUGCUGCGUACCAGGCUUGCAAUCCCUCGCAUCUUUGCGCUAUCCGAUCGAAUCUGCCAUCGCUUCGCUUGCAGCUUCGAGCGCAUCCAAUAUCUCAGCCUCAGUCUGCAUCUCUUGGACAAGGAUGGAAGCCAAGCAGCGCUACACCAAGCUGUCCAAAGUAGGCGAAGGGACCUACGCCUCCGUCUUUCUAGCUCGCGAUACCAUCACCGGAGAAAGAUUGGCCAUCAAAAAGAUCAAAAUCGUCAAUUCCAGCGACGGGUUGGACAUGACUGCCUUGCGAGAGGUUCAAUUCCUGCGCGAACUGCAUCAUCCGAACGUGAUCCGAUUGGUGGAUGUGUUCAGUUCUGGUAGCGCAACCAUCACUCCAAGUCUGAAUUUGGUGCUCGAAUUUCUCGAAACGGAUUUGGAAUGCAUCGUCAAGCAUCAAGGCAUUGUGUUUAGACCAGCGGAUAUAAAGAGCUGGAUGGGCAUGAUGUGCAGAGGUUUGGACUACUGUCAUCGCAUGGGCUGUCUGCAUCGCGAUCUCAAGCCCAACAAUCUGCUCAUCGCCCCCAGCGGCGAGCUCAAAAUCGCAGAUUUCGGUCUGGCUCGAGGAUUCGGCGAGCCGGGUCAAAAGAUGAGCAAUCAAGUGGUGACUCGAUGGUACAGAUGUCCGGAAUUGUUGUUGGGCGCUAGACAUUACUCUACCGCUGUGGACAUGUGGUCCGUGGGGUGCAUCUUUGCAGAGCUGCAUUUGCGCGUACCUUAUAUGGCAGGCGAGAGCGAUCUGGAGCAGCUCAGCAUCAUCCUUCGAGCGCUCGGCACGCCCACUGAGAAAGAAUGGUCGCGAGCAAAGCACUUGCCAAACUUUAUGCCUUUUGAACAACAUCCAAAACAGGAUCUCGCCAUGCUGUUCAGCGCAGCUUCUCCAGAAACGCUGGACCUGCUCUCCCGCUUGCUCCAAUUCGAUCCCACCGAGAGGUUGAGCGCAUCCGAUAUAUGCUCGCUCCUCCUCCUUCGUUCUCCACUUCUCAUCGACCCACGCUAUCAGUGCAUGCAACACGCCUACUUCAAAGCUUCUCCUCCACCCACUCCCAUUUCGGAUCUUCCUCGUAUACCCAAAGAUUCCUCUGCCGACAAGUCAUCCAGCACCGCGCACGCCCUCCUCUCCGAUAGCAAAGUCAAAGAUGGCAGGCGAAAGGCUGGCGCCGUGCAAGACGAUGGCGCACUGGCAUUGCUGCCUUCCGAUGAUGAGGAGGAGGAAGGGAGAGAUCAAAAGAAGAGCAAAAAGAGAAGGAUGACGGAAAAGGAAAAGGAAGAGGCGAGGAGGAGGAUAGCUAGGAGGUUGGCUUUUGGCCGAUGAACAAUUUGCUCGUCAUCUCGAGUCAGAAUAUCCACGGGUCGUGAUCACUACUGCUCCUAUUCUAGCUGACUGGUCUCUUGCCUAGAUCCCUUGGCCUCAUUCACCCCUCCUACCGUCACGUCUUUGGCCCAAGACUUGUUU